UGGAAGGGACAAGACCACCCCAAGGUCCAGAACACAAGCCCGAUGCCAACGAGUUUCCUCGGCAGUGCCCUCCGGGGCACUUUCUUCUUCACCUUUGGUCUCUGGUGGUCCGUGAGGUACCCCCUGAAGUACCUGAGGAAGAAAGGUGAUGCUGAGGGCCAGCCAAGCUCUGGGACCCAGCGUGCAGAGAUCUUUGAGGGGGCUCUCAAAGCUCUCUUUGCUCUAGUAGGGAUCCUGGUAGAGCAGUUUGUCCCCACCGGUCCCCACCUGCAGCUGUACAGCCCAAAGACGCACAGCUGGACAGACCUCACCCACUGGCACUACUCCACCAUCUACCUUUUCUUCCUCCUCUCUGGAAUCAUGGACAUGGUCUCGCAGUCCCGGCUCAAGCUGCCGCCCGGCCUGGACCGGCUCUCGCUGUCCGUGGCUCUGCUCAUCGAAGGUUUGCUCUUCUGUUUCCGUGACUACAGCGAUGCUGCACUGGAUCACCACCUCCACUCCCUGCUGGCCAUGGCCAUCUUUGCUGGAGCCCUCUGUGCCCUCCUGGAGGUGUUCCUCCGAGACCACAUCAUCCUAGAGACCUUCAGGACCAGCUCCUUCCUUCUGCAGGGCUCUUGGCUUUGGCAGAUUGGGUUUGUGCUGUCCCCUCCCUGGGGAGGACCAGGCUGGGAUCAGAGCGAUCCCAGCAACCUGACCUUCCUCACCAUGUGCUUCUGCUGGCACUACCUGGGCGCUCUCGCCGUCGUGGGCACCAACGCGGCUGCAUCCCGCUGCUGCAACGAGUCCUGCCAGCUGAAGUUCGGGGACAUCGACGUGGAGCUGGACUGUGGUUUGUGCCUGCGCAGAGGCACCAAGGGCUCCCGCAGUGCCCUGCUGCCCGAGAGCAGCUCGGAUGACAAAUGAGGCCCUGGCAGGCAUGAAAAUUUCUUCCAUGCUGGCUUUGAGCUCUUGAGAUGAGGUUUUUAAUUAGUCUUGAUAAACUACAGUGGCACUUGAUGGAGGAGCAUCGGAAGUGGGAGGCAGGAC